AUGAUGCUAGAGCAGCUGAUUCUAAAGCACAAGGCGCACACGAAGUUGAUCCAGCUGACGCCGACGAAGGAGGGUUUGGAUUUCUUCUUCAGCAAAGAGCGGGAUGCACAGGACUUCGUAUCCUUUCUCAAGAACUGGGCUGUGGUCAAGCACCAUGAGUCCAAGCAUUUGGUAAGCCACAAUGCGCAGAACACCACGUACAGGUUCAAGCGAACUACAUGUGUAGAAGUUUGCCCGAUUUGCCGGGACGAUUUGGUGUUUCUGCCGAAGAAGACGGCACAGGCCCUGGGAGGCUUGCCGCCACUGAUGCUUUGUCUCAAGGCUUCCUCACAGCUCUCUCUCGUCGACCCUGCAUCCUCCCGACGUGUGGAGGUUGCCAGCGCAGAAUACUGGCGGAAGCCCUUCCAGUCCGUAAGCAUCCCUUCCAAGUUGACAGAGUUCAUCGUCUUGGACAUUGAAGAGUCUGACCUCGCGCGAGGGCGCGGAGGCAGUGCUGCAUCUGUGCAGCCAUGCGAAGUUGAGAUCGCACGCAUUGCUGACUUCGGGCACAAUGACGAGCGUUUGACGGUGCGCUGCCACCUAGGUGCAAUCCUUCACGUCGGGGACUCUGUUUUGGGCUACGACCUUCGAUCCUUACAUCUUGGUAUGGACGAAGACGAGCUGGGAGGAGUCCCACCCUUGGAGGUGUACCUGGUCAAGAAGAAGCGACCAGAACGCACGAAGAAAAAGAAGCCACAUCCAAAGCGUGGUAAAGGUGUCAGCACAGCAGCUUCUGUGCAGAGCAGCUCCCUGGAACCAGACAGAGAGGACAAGCAGCCCACAGUGCCUGCAGAGGAUGCCGCGGAUGCGGAGGGCGAGCAGCCAGAGGACAUGGAAGACGAGGCUGCCGAAAUGAAGGCAGCCGCCGAAGCGCUUCUCACACAGAUGGGUGCUUCGGGGACGUUCAGAUCCGCCGACGAAGUGGAGCCUGGCAGAGAGGUUCAGCCGCAGUGCAGGACAGCAGCUUGGGCCAACGUCAUUAUGACGCGGGACAUGACCGACGACUUGUACAAGACCCGGCGGUGCAAGGCCGUCGUUGCAGAGGCGCCAUGCAGCCUUGGCGAAGUAUGCACAUUCGCACAUUCGGCCGCGGAGCUGCGGCCUUGGCCGUGGCCUGAGCCAUUGGCUGAGCACUGGCGAGGACAAGUCUCCAUUGGAGUGGUGGAGCACGCCAUGUUUUGGGAUCUGCCGCUCGUUGGCACACUGGACGUGGUUUGCAACCGUGCCACUUGCCUGGGAAAUCCUUUCGGAAGCUGUAGCUAUGCGGAUCCCUCCCAGCGCCCUCCUGUGGAUGCAGCUGGCUGGUGUGCUGGAGAGCACGAAGUUCUUGUUUCCGCUUACGACGAAUAUCUGCAGGCAGUCCUCAGUCAGGACGCCACGACAGACUUGCAGGAGGAGGUCCGGCGUAUCGCUCAAAGACGAUCGCUCUUGCUCUCCGAAGCCUGGGAGAAGCAAGACCUCAAGCGGGAAGAUGUCAGAAGCGCACUUGAUGCGUUGGCAUCACAGGUGUCCAGAGGCCGCUUUCUGAGGCUACUGUGUCACUGCAGGCCUUACGUACGCUGCCAUGCCGAGAGCAUCAAGAGAUACUUGGAUCGGUUUACAAAAUUGGACGCCGGUGUACCGGCUCCUCUGCCGAAUCAAGGGCCGGUGGACAUCGAGGGCCGAGUUUGGCCGAGUUCAGCCGCCUCCGAGCGAUGCAGUAUCCGAACGAAGCGCCUGACCUGCAUGCGCGCUGGCCGGGCGUUGGAUCCGGGAUCGAUGAAGUCGUACUGUGCACAAUGCUGGUCGUAUCAUUCAGUGGUCUACUUCUGGCCGGAUUGGGACGAUGUUUGGCCCGAAUGCUUUUACCGUGAUGGCUAUGUACAGUGCACAACCGGAGUUGAUGGUGCUGAGAGGGAAGACUGUGCCUAUGUCGAUCGACCUCUUUGCUCCUUCUAUGUGAGAGGUUGUUGCAAGUUCGGAGAUGAUUGCUGGUAUCGGCAUGCGAAAAGUUUUGAGCUGCCCGGAAACCAUGAACAUGGCAAGUUGUGGCGGUUGGAGAGUUUGGGGGGGUGUCCACUUGCACUUGCGCCUGCAGGUGGCCACGCCAGGAGAUCCUGGUGGAGGCACGGGUUUUGA